CUCGCCCCAUUUUCAUCUUAUAUCUCGGUUUGCAUUGGAACAGUUCUGUAAAUAAUGCUUAAUUAUUAUUAUUAUUAUUAUUAGAACUAAUACUGCUAAUCAUUAAUUUCGUGACAAAGCAACCAGUUGAUCUUAAAAAAAAAAAAAAAAUAAAUAAAUAAUAAUACUGAUAAUCACAAAGUUAUGGACUGGUUUCUGGAAAAUUAAAAAAAAAAACAGCUUAUUAAAAAUUUUGGAACACCAAAUGUGUUUGAUAAAGCAAAAGCUGUCGUCUGUUUCAUCGUCGAAAUCAGGCUAUCUUCAACGAGGGUUCUAGUCCUCUGCAACUUUAGCCAUAUCACCAUAUAUUCACAAAUCAAGCCGUAUCUCAAGCCGUUUCCGGCCGAUCCAGCCGGUUCCGAGCCGUACCUCAAACGAACCGAGGUGUUCCCGUUUCCGGAGCGCGAUAUGGGCACCAAUGUGCCGAAUCGGUCCUUCAAAUUUAAGGAAGAAGAUGCUUGCUGUGCAGAAAAUGGAAGACCCAAUUUUCUUGUAAAAGUAUAAAACCCAGUGAGUGCAUCAGUAUGGAUGGAAAUCGUAAAUUAAUGGCAGCUGGAAGUUAUCAACGUCAUGGAGUUAGAGCUUUGGCUAAGAUUAUGACAGACAGAAUUAGUGAUCUUCCCGAUGGAGUUGCUCAUCACAUUCUUUCCUUCCUUGCUAUCACAGACCUCACUCGUUUCGGCUGUGUGUCCAAAAGAUGCAAACAACUUUAUCUGUCAACCCCUUCAUUGGAUAUUGAUGUAUUUUCUGAUGCACAUAUGGUUUCCUGCUUUAAGCAGUUGUUGAGUUCUUUGGAUAGGUUUUUAUGGAUGCAUCGUGGCGUUAAUAAAAUACAACGAUUUCGUAUCUAUUGGGAUGAUUUUUGCCUUGACGAUUUCCUUGAACCUGAUUUUCUUGAAGAUGCGACUUUUCGAUUGAUGACAUGGAUCCACAAUGCUGUAAGCUGUAACGUUGAAGUCCUUGAGGUUGAUAUCCGGAUGAUGAUUUGUCGGAGGAGACAACCUUUGUUUCCGUUGUCUGUCUUUCUUUGUGGAUCAUUGAAGUCUCUUUUUCUGAACAUGGGCCGUAUACUUCUUAAAGCACCCUCACUUACUUCUUCCUCUAAUCUCGAGUACUUGGAGUUGAGAUGUGUUUGUAUAAAAGAUGAGGAUUUUUUCAAAUGGAUCUCAAGUUCAUGUAAGUGCAUCAAGGAUUUACAUCUUGAAUAUCUUGAGGGAAUAAACAAUGUCACCAUUGAAAGCUCCUCUUUGAAAUCGUUUAGUUUUGUGAUGGUUGCUGACUCGGCUGACGGUGCCUGCCACAUCAACAUCUCAGGUGAGCAACUUGAAGAAAUAUGUAUCAGCUGGGAACAUACUCUUACAGGCAGCAGAUUACUAAAUAUCCGUGCUCCAAAUCUUAAGUAUCUGAAGUGGUAUGGGUGUUUGUCGAUGCGCCAAAAUUUGGGGGAACUAAUGUGUUUAGAAAAAGCUGAACUUUCUUUGAUGCCUGAAGCGGAUGACCUUAACUUCUUGUCUGCGGUUCUUUGCAGUAUAAGCAGGGUUAAAGUUCUUACUCUAAACCAUGAGACCACCAUGGCAGUGUUCAAUGGGGGUUUGAAGGCAAGACUAUUAGGAUAUGUUUUUCAUUUGAGCAUUUCUAUUGGAAGCUUCCGUGAUGUCCUAGUUCCAGGAAUGGUCUCCGUUUUUGGAGGACUACAUAAUUUGAAUACUUUGGAGAUAAAGACUAAUCAAUGGUCAUGUGACCGAGAAUAUUGUUCUGGGUUUGACAUGGGAUACUGGGGUUUGCAAAACCUUUCUUUUAUUCAUCAACUUAAGGAGGUGACGAUAGAGCUGUGCAAUGGAUUUAACAGAAUUCAGUUUGCAAAAUAUAUCCUCGAGCAUGCUCAGAAUUUGAAGAAGGUGAAGAUCGUUCAUUUGCCUUGGCAGUGUAACAAUAUAGCAGAGGUAAAGAAAAGCAAAAUGGCUUCCAAUAUUGCCACAGUUGUCUUUGAGGAAUAUAGGACACCCAGAUGAGUAAAUUGAUUUCCAGCUUACAUGUCUUGCAUUCAACAAAAGUAACGUCUAGGUGUAAGGCUGAGGUACUUUUGCUUUGUUGUAAGGUAUUGAUUAGCUUAGAACAGUAGUGAAGGGUUGGUUGACAAUAGUUUAUCGUAAUUUAUGCAAGCUCGCCAGACGAAGAAUCUAGACGUUUGAAAGUUCUCUCAAAUGUAUUGCAUCUUGUUGCUUUCAAAGUCCACCCAUCGUUUAGCGCUUGGUAUCUGAUCGUUUUAAUGAUGUUCCAUCGUUUCUUUGCGAAUC